CUCGAUGACCCCUUGCAUAACAUGCAGUCGAUCAACGGUCCAGGGUAUAUGCUCUUUCUCACGGUGGGAUCGUUUAUUAGCGUUCUUGCUCUUAAUAAACCAGUUGUUCAACGCCAUCGUGCAAAAAUACAAUUUACACAUACCCAUCUAACGAGUCUAGAGUCCGUGUAGUUUCCAUCAACUCAGUUAGGACCCUUUCAAUCUGGCUACCGCAACCAACAUGAUCUGUGGGAAUCCCCAUACAAAUUAAGGUAUGUCAAAAUUAAAAAUAUCUCAGAAUAUUUAUAUUGCCAUAAUGCACCUAUCUUCGCAGCUGCACAAGAGCAUCUUUAGAUUUAGUAUUGCUGCGCUGGUUUUGAUACUCCUCUGCUAUUGCUGGGACUGCUAUGUCUGUCCACAAGGAGUUGGGAAUUUCGAUACAUUGAAUACCGGCCAAGCUUGAAAAUGAAGUGGUAUCAGAGCUAUCAACGAGCGAUGAUAUCUUGUUGAAUAUUCAUUCCUAAGACCAAGUGCUCAUAGUGUCAUUACGCGAAGUAUGCUGGAAAAGGAUCAUCAGAAAAUACGUCGAUGUCAACAAAGUGUUACGCUCAUCACUGUUCAACAAAUGACAGAAAAGGGAGUUGUUUGGCAAAUCGAAUGACAUAGUCUUUAAAUCUUUCUUUCUAGUCUAUCAAUGAAGAGCUUUUACAAUGUAUCAUCACAUAUCCCUUGAGAUACUGUAGCGACUUCCGUGAUAC